AUGGCUCCAUUAGAAAGAGCUACAACCAGAUCCCCAGCCUCUGUCGCCCGAAUAAGGGCGCAGAACCGACGCCGCGAAUACCUGCAGCAGCAUCCCUCAUACUAUGACAACAUAGAACAUGAGCUCGCAGAUCCCGUCAUCUAUGAGCGCCUGGUAAAGAGGUUCCAAUCUGCCGAGGAACGCAGCAAGGAUGUCAAGGCAAAGGGCUAUGGCCGCACCCUCGAGGCGUCUCUCGUCCGAGGUGAGACAACGCUGGCGAACCUGCGCGCCGAGGAGCAGGGCAACGGCGCCUCCGCCUCUGACAGCGCACAAGACCGUACGGUUAAGAAUGGCCCGGCUUCGAUGCCGAGCGGACUAGAUGCCUGGGAUGAUGAUGCGUGCGACAAGCAGGAAGGCAUCGAGCUGUGGCGAGCGUUUCUCGAAGACCGCUUCGUGCAUGGACGAGAUGAUGAAUUCGACUACAGCCUUGUCGACGACGAUGAGGGGUACGACGCCAUGGAGAUCCAAGAUGCCGAGGACCGUUGGUUCGACAAGGAAGAACCCAGCUGGGUGGAUGACGAUGACGACGUCGACGAGGCCAAGGCCCCUCACAGCGGUGCAAGCGCUCGUGAGACAGGCAUUCAGGACUUUUGA